CGUGAAAUCCCAUUUUGGAUGUCUGCGCUACUUGGAAGCUUAGUAUUGUACAUACAUAGCUUAUUCAAGCAAAAGCCAAGGAUUCGCGUAAUCUGUAUACCUGUAUGCUUGAGGCUCAGCGAGCUUAGAGCUGCAUGAAGCUACCUAUAACUUGCUAUCCGUUAUAGCUCCACCAAUACCAAUUUCCAUCCAACUUGCAGCUUGUUUUUAACCUCCUUCGUCAUCGAUGCUAUGUAGCUACCCUCCGCAGACAUUUUAUUUUAGCUUCUUAGCCUACCUAACCUUGGUUUACUUCCCCUCUCACCACCAAUAAUUGUCAUCUUCUAUCUCACAGGUACGCUCUGGUAAGACGCACAUCGGUUGUGCUUCUUAGUCAGGACCCCAUACAAAUGGUGAUUUCCUAUCCACUCCGCUCUUAUGCCAUUGUCAAUUAGACGACAGCUUCCAUUAUGCUGGAUUCGUCCGUAUUGAACAAUGCCCAAAACCAACGCGCAUCUGCGCAGCUCUCGCCGCGCUCCUCCGUUGAAAGAUAGCGAGAUUGAUCAUGAAAUUAGUUUGGUUGACCACUCGCCGCCAAUCGAGGAGCCUCGGUCUCCUACCUCCGAAACAGGCGAUAAUAUCGACUCACCUAUCUCAAGCCAACCCCUAAUUCCAUCCGAUAGUAGAGCUGAGCCGUCUACCCAGCCUCCCGAAUCCGGAGAUGUCCAACCGAAAAAGAGGGACCCCGACGAGGCGGGUCCUUCGGGCAGAGGUGAUACAUCUCAAGCUUUUGCGCAAGAUGCCGACGGCUCGGUGACCGGGAAUGGGCCUAUCUCGAAAAAGAAUGGCCUUAAGAAGACUCCUAGCCAAAACAAAAACAAGCCCCGUCCGCGUCCGCGUCCGUUUAAAAAGGUUGAAACAGCAAUAGACAUACUGUGGGAGAACCAGCGCGGGGCGUUCUUUUGUGGCAUCCCUCGAUUUUCUUCCGCGGCGUUGGGCAACUUAGACCCCCCACCUUGGACCAACCGUUUCCACAAGCCGAGCAUGACAGACAUACAUACAGCCCAAGUGCCGGACCCGAGCUGGGAAUGGGCUUGGCCCGAGUGGCGCAUAAACCGGGAUGAGACUAUACCGACCGACAGUGACGGCUGGGAAUACUCUUUUAUGUUUUCUAACAAGUUUUCAUGGCAUGGCCCUAAGUGGUACAAUUCAUUCGUACGGAGGAGAGCGUGGAUUAGAAGGCGAAUAAAAAAGCGCCACGAAUAUCAUAUGAACGACCCGCAUAUGAGCAGCUAUGAAUAUUUCACAAUAAACCCCGCGAGGAUGGAGCCAGGAGGAACGAUCAUCAAUCAAAUAGCAGCUCGAAUUUCCCAAGAAACGUUCCGGAAAUUGAGAGAUAUUUUGCGGGAUGAGGAUGGCGCAAUGGCUAUGGUGGACAUAACGACAACCGAUGAGCUGAUUUUUAUUUUGAGGAAGUGCCGCAUUGACCGAGAGAAGCUCGAGGCCAUAGAAAAUUACAUCAAGCAUUGCACAGACGAUUUGCAGGAGUUACAAUACCACAUGCACAAGAUUAUGUCUUUGUUUGUGUUCCAAACAACCCGGAAGCUUCUCUUAGCACGGCUCAUACAACUGCACAACGACCAAGUGGAUAAAGGACAGAAAGGACAGAAAGGACAGAAAGGGACGUCUCUGGCUACGCAACAAAAGGCCGAAAAUCUGGCCGCAGCUAUUAGGCACGCCGACGAGGAAGUCCGAAGAUUGGAAUAUUGGAGCGAUAUCAAAGGGAUGGCUAAAAGUGGUGAGUCCAGAGGUGCUGUGGACUGCGGGAAAGGAUGGGAUGGUGACUGGACAGGUCUCGACAAUAGUGGUCCAAGGGGCGUUAGAGAGGACGACGAGCUUCCAUAAUAGGCUCCAUCUGCUUUAUCAUAAACAUACCACAGCGUUAUGCAUGAGGUUCGGGAGCAAACGGUUUUUUUCUAUCUUUCUAUCUAGGAUGUUAUUCGUAAGGUGUUAUCGGUUGGGCAGGAGAUAAAUACGUCGCACUACAUAAUAUAUCGAAAUCAGCCCCGACGAACUAUCGUCUACUAUUUGAAGUUUUUGGCGGCUUAUUAAUUCAAAGGCUAGCUGCUUGCCUUUCGGGGGGGAAGAGGGGG